AUGUUUAGCUUGGCUCAUUCAAGUCAGGUUUUGGACUUUAAUCCCUGCUUUUCUAAGCGGCUUUUAUGGAACAGCCCCCAGGAGUCAAAAGACAAGGCCAAACUCAAAACCAAACUCCUUUCAGUGUGGAAGAACGUCAGAUAUGGAGGCUGGAUGUGGCCUGCGACGCAUCAUCAGACCGAAGAUGACCUGGAGGUGUUGGAUGACCCCCUCAGAGAGAGCCGGCGGGACUCAGGAAGACCUCGCAGACGCAUUCUGGGAACCACGCUAGACUGUGUAACUGAGGAGCGGACUCACAGGAGGAUCGUGUCCUGGUUCGGCGAUCUGUCCUCCGCCCCCUUCGGCCUGCACCGCUGGUGGAGUUGGGCAGUGGCUCUGGGAAGAGGGCGGGCGACUGUUUGUGUGUCUGAUCUGGAGGUGUACGUGGCACAGGAUUGCACAGUGUACGUUGGAGACGUGUUAAACCUGUGCGGGACGUCCCGUACCGAUCUCUCAGCGAGGUGCAGGUCUGACUGGAAGUCGCUGGUUCUGCUGGUUUCUGUGUGUUUGGGGUCUGAAGUGUUGAAUGUAGUUGUGGUGAGGUUGCUGGAGCUGCGGUGCUGCAUGGGCAUCAUCGGAGGGAAACCCAAACACUCGCUGUUUUUCGUGGGAUUCCAGGAUGAUCAGCUGAUCUAUUUGGAUCCUCAUUACUGUCAGACUACAGUAGACGUCCAGCAAGACAACUUCCCUUUAGAGUCGUUUCACUGUCAAACUGUCACGAAGAUGCCGUUUAACCGCAUGGACCCCAGCUGUACGGUGGGUUUCUACGCCGCCAGCACGGGGGAUUUCCAGACUCUGUGCUCAGACGUCACUAAGGCUCUGACAUCAUCGGAGGAAAAGUACCCCGUCUUCACAUUUGUGGAGGGUCAUAAUAACGCGGAGAGAAGCUGUACGUCAGACUCAGUCACUCAUAUAGAGGUCAAAGACCGAAUCAAAAAGAAAAGCUGUUCGGAUGAAUUUGUGCUCCUGCGAUGCACAAACUCCUUUCCUGUUUGGAUUCUCCGGUAUUUCCUCCAAUCGGAGUCAUGUGAUCAAGAUUGA